UGGAGGUGAUCUGCCAAAAAAGCAGAGUUGACAAGAAGCGCCAAAGCCGUCCUCUGAGGACGCGCCCGCCAAGUCCUUCGGCCGCCCACGCGCUUUAACCCGCAGCCGGCCCCGGGGGGGCUGCGCGGCCGCCGCAGCGGCUCCCGCGGGCAACUGGCGGCACCCAGCCCGCGGGCACCUUCUCCCUGCGGAAGCUCAGCCGUUUGAGGAGAAGGGGAGGGAAAACAUCCCGUCGAGGGUGUUCGCGCACGCUGGUCGCUGCCUCCUCGCCCGGGUGCUCCGCUGAAGGACUGGGACGUCCGGCCGAGCGGGCGCGAGCAGCUGGGUUAAAACGUUUCAGGGCUCAUGGCCUCCGGCGCGGGCAAGGCUCGGCAGCCCGGCGCCCGCAGCGGGGCGGGCGGCGGCAGCCCGGCAGCAGGAUGCAGCCAGGAGGUUCACGUGAAAAUGUGCAAGAAGAUCGCGCAGCUCACCAAGGUGAUAUAUGCUCUGAACACUAAGAAUGAUGAACAUGAGGCUAGUAUACAGGCUCUGAAAGAUGCUCACGAAGAAGAAAUUCAGCACAUUCUUGCUGAGACAAGGAAAACAAUUCUCCAAUAUAAAAGCAAAGUUGAAGAAGAACAGUUGCUCAGAAAGCGUAUUCAAGUCCUUGAAGAUGCAGUAGAACAACACAAGAGACUAAAAGAAGAAGCCUUAGCAGAGUUAACCCUGUUCAAGAAGCAGGUGGAAGGAAGAGAGCUGAGAAUGGAAGUAAAACAGGCACAGAUGAUACUUUCCACAGACACAGUAGAUACCAAUGCAGACUUUGAAAACAAGCUUCUACAUUUAAAUCGGGAGCAUGAGGGCCUGUUAGAUGAAUGCAAAACAUCUAGUAGAGAGAAUUUAGAUAGAAAAGAGAUUCUAGAUGAAAAAUACAGUGUGGAAGGACAAGCUCUGAUUAAUGAGAUGGAAAACCUGAAGAGUGAGAACCAGAGAGUCAUUGAAGAAUGUACACAGAAAACCAGCCAACUACAAGCCUCUUAUCAGAGAGAAAAAGAGACUUUAAAGAAGGCUAUGCGGCAAUCCAUGGCAGAGAGGCAGAAGAAUUGUCAGCAAAGAGAACUUGAGCAAAGGAAGACCUUAGAGGCUCACGAAGGCUUUCUGCUGCAGCAGGUAAAGAAGCUGGAGACAGACCUAGAGGAGAAAACCUGGAAGGUAAAUGAGAAGAAGAAACACUCCCAGAAGCUGAAAGAAAAAAUACAGGAUUCGUUUCUGGGACAUACAGACUUGUAUAAAUUACAGAGAGAAGGGAGCAGAUGCCAAGAAAUGGUAAAAGCACAAAGCAAGACUAGAAGUGAAGACAAGUCAAGGCUGGAAAGUACAAGUGUAUCAAAAAUGGAAGACAUACCAUCCUCUCUUACAUGCUCACAAAAAGAAAAGGCAAGAGACAUAAAGACUUUGCAAGAGGAAUGGCACAGCCAAAAGGCAGACUUAGAAGCUCAGGUGGCUCAGCUGAAGCAAAUAUUAAACCAACAAGCAAGUAAUUUCAAAGAGGCACUGAAGAAACAUGAUCUACAGUCCAACAAAGAAAAAGAGAAGCUUUUGCAGGAUCUUCAAAACACCAUUAAAGAAAACCAGAAUGUUAAAUUGCAGCUGGAGUCAUCACAUCAAAAAAUCUUGAAAAUGUUGGAGAAAAGCAAAAAUCAGGAACUCAAGGUUUGCUUACAGGAGGCGGAAGAGCGUUUGAAAAAGGAAUUUAAUGAGACUUUCAAGAUCCAGCGGCAGUCUCAUAAGCUGGAAAUACAAACCUUGGAAGAGAAAGCAAAAAAAGAGUUACAUGAUGAACUGGAGCAGAUACAGAAGCAGCAAACUCUGUUGCUAGGAUCUCUAAGGAUGGAACUUUCUGAGCAACAGACAUUGUGCACUAGACUCAAAAAACAAAUAGAAGAACUCCAAAUGGAGCUGAGGAGUGUGAGAACACUGAAGAAGCAGCAGGCAAGAAGUAGCCAGAGCCAGAUCAGAUCUCUUCAUGAUGAACUGGAAAAAAGUCAGCAUGAAGUUUCUGGUCUCAAGAAAGAGAAUUUACUUCUGAAGGAUGCAAUGGAGCUACUCAGCGCAGAGCUGGGGUCACAGAGGCAAGAAGCUGCACAGCUUCAGGAUAGGGAGAAACAGCACAGAAGGCUACUGAUAGAAGACCUCAAAGUCAAGCAUAAAAAAGAACUCGACGUACUGAAACAAGAUCACCGGAAGGAAAUCGAAAACAUGUUUUCUGAUUUCAGCAGCACUCAGGCACAUCUUCAAGCAAAGAUUUUCUCCUUAGAGACUGAACUUAAAGGAUUAGAAGCAAAGCCAAGAAAGCAAGAGUCCAGACCGGAAGAUAUACACCUUAUAAGCUGCCUGCAAGAUAAAAUAAGUGAGAGAGAAGAGACUAUCAAGCAGCUGGUGGAAGGAAGACAAUUUCAGCACUCACUUUUAGCCAACACUGAAUCUUACAGGAAUCGAUCCUUUUCUUUCAAUCCUAAUCUGGGAUGUUUGACUCCUUCCAUGAAGCAGAAGAAAAUGGAUGAGGUGCCCAGCCGCGUCGUCAGUGUUCCGAAUUUAGCUUCCUACGCGAGGAGCUUCUUGAGCUGUGACUUGCGAUCAAAAAGAAGUGCUCCUCAAAUACCAAAAUCUGCAAGCUUAGACCAGAGUCCUGGCUGCCUCAGAAUGGGCUAUCUAUCAACACGGUCCUCAGACAGCAGUGCUGCCACAAGGACACACAACAAUGAAGCACUGCAAACCAAAGAUGACCGGAAACGAACCCCCCAACAUCAAGAAUGGUUUACUAAAUACUUUUCCUUUUAAAACAAACUGUUUCCUUAUGACUCAGAAUUACUAGAAAAGAUGUUUUCCAUUUUCUCUUGGGAAAUGAUAGUCCAAUAUAUGAUUUAGAAAAAAAUAAAAACAUUUAUGUAAUUUCCAAAUAUAUUAUUAGAAACAACUGCACUCUCUUACAUCUAGUUACCAUGGAAUUACAGGCAUGGAUUUUGAAAAAAUGCAGGUUUAACAUCUUCUGUUUAAAAAAAAAAAAAAAAAAAAAAAGGAAGUGCAAAAUUGUAGACAUUAUGUGAAUAGACUUUAUAAUCAAGAGAACAUACCCCUCCACAAUUACAUUAAAUAUGCAAUUUGUUCUCAGAUACUUCCUGUCUGUCAGCCUGGCUGCAGCUGAAGAAACACCUUACUUCUCUAGGUGAUUUCUGUAAGUUUACACAUUUGUUUCAUCAGCCAUUUAAAAUCAAAAAGCUUAUAUUAAUAUAAGUUUAAAAGUUUGAAUAGUUAUUAAACUUAUUUUAUGCUGUACAACAUGUAGUAUACCUCCCAAGAAUAGCAUGUUUAUAGCAGACUAUUUAAGAAAUAGUUUCUGGUUAGAUUAAUGAACUAUUUCCUUGUUUUGUAUAGUCAGUAUUACAAAAUAAGAUUCCUGUUGCACUUCAACACAUGUAAAAAUCAUCCUGAUAAAUCAAGGUAAUAUGUAAGUAUGAAUAUUAAAACUUGCUUGUAAAUCACCCCUUUGUAUGUCUGCAAAAUAGUGCUGUUCUGCUGAAGUCUGAGUCAGACUGAUACUUCCAGAUUUCCAGAUUCAUGGAAACUGCAUAUUUGGACAUUUAAUCUCAAUAUUGUUCUUAUGCUUACCUAAAUACAGAGUAAAGGACUAAAUUUAUUAUA